CUUCAUUGAUCAUUCAUGUCUGUUAACAAGUAUUUAAAUCUUAGUAAAUUCAUUUGGUUAGGGCGAUUUUUGGAAAGUAUGACAAAGACAUUUUGUCUUCCUGAAGUUAAGUAUACUCAAUUAUUCAUUGGUAAUGAAUUUGUCGAUAGCAAAUCGAAAAAAACAUUUCCAACUAUUAAUCCAACAACAGAGGAUGUGAUAUGUCAUGUUCAAGAAGCUGAUCAGAAUGAUGUAAACAAAGCAGUUGAAUCUGCUAAGGCAGCCUUCAAAACAGGAUCUACGUGGCGUACCAUGGAUGCUUCAGAACGUGGUGUUUUGUUACAUAAAUUGGCUGAUCUUAUCAAAAUGAAUGCUGAAUAUAUAGCUCGUUUGGAAGCAAUGGAUAAUGGGAAGACUGUAGACUUAGCAUUGGAUGAUGUCUUAUUUGCAGCGCAAACAACUCGGUAUUAUGCUGGAUACGCUGAUAAGAUUCAUGGUAAACAGUUACCAGUUGACGGGAAUAUGAUUACGUUUACUCGCCGUGAACCACUUGGAGUUGUUGCUUGUAUCACACCGUGGAACUAUCCGUUUUUGUUGAGCGUUCUCAAAUGUACUCCAUGUUUAUGCGCUGGUUGCACAGUUGUAUUGAAACCCGCAGAACAAACACCAUUAUCCGCAUUGUAUUUAGCUGCUUUAACCAAAGAGGCAGGUUUCCCACCUGGAGUAUUUAAUGUUAUCUGUGGAUAUGGUGAAACUACUGGUGAGGCGUUAACUCAUCAUCCGGAUGUUAGAGCUAUCUCAUUCACCGGUAGUACUGAAGUUGGUCAGUUGAUAAUGAAAGCUGCGGCUACGAAUAUUAAACAUGUGAAAUUAGAACUUGGCGGCAAAUCACCACUGAUCAUAUUAGCUGAUGCUGAUAUUGAGAAAGCUGCAGAAGUUGCACAUGAAGCAACAAUGGUUAACCAUGGACAGUGUUGUGUGGCUGGUACUCGUGUAUUUGUACAAGCUCCUAUAUACGAUCAGAUGGUUGAGAAACUGAAAAGGCUAGCUGAGCAACGUAAAGUUGGUGAUCCUUUCGUAUCUGGUACUAUACAAGGUCCACAGAUUGACAAUGUACAAUUUGACAAAAUCAUGUCAUAUAUUGAAAAAGGCAAAAAACAAGGUGCUCGACUAGUCACUGGAGGAUGUCGAAUUGGAAAAAAAGGUUAUUUUAUUCAACCAACAGUGUUUGCAGAUGUGUCUGAUGAAAUGUGUAUAGCAAAAGAAGAGAUUUUCGGUCCAGUUCAAUGUAUAUUGAAAUUUAAUACAUUGGAAGAAGUAAUUGAACGUGCAAAUGCCACACAUUACGGAUUAGGUGCUGGUGUAUUCACAAGUGAUAUGGAUAAAGCAAUGAGAAUUGCUCAAUGUGUAGAAGCUGGAAGUUUUUGGAUCAAUAGUUAUAAUCUCAUUUCUCCUCAAACUCCUUUUGGUGGUUAUAAAAUGUCUGGAAUGGGACGUGAACUUGGGAAAGAAGCACUGGAUGGUUACUUGCAAACGAAAGUGAUUUCUAUGCCAAUUUCAGUAAAGAAUUCUUGAAAUUCAUGACAGUUUUUUUUAAUUCUUUUGUAUUUUUCUCUAUAAACACGAUUAUUUUACAGUAGAAUUUUGAUAUGAAUGUGAUUUAUUGUUAUUGAUAUUGAUACUGUUGUUCUAUCGUUAAUAGUAGAUAUUACAUAGAUAAACAAAUAAGAUAUUGUGAAAGAUUUCCAUUGAUUUUCUGAAAGAUUUACUCAGCUUAAAAAUAGAUGAGGAAAUAAUAGAAAAUAUGAUAAGAUCACAUUGUUUUUUUUUGAAACAUGAUGACAGUCGAAAUCUGUAAUGCACUUGUCAGAACAGUGUUCAUUCUACAUGAUCGUUUGAAUACCUGUACAAUUCCCACAGACUGGUUGUCAAAUUAUAAUUAGCAAUGAAUUCUAAUCAUAAGCACAAAACGGAUCUAUUCAAUUGUAAGAUAACCAAUUAAGCGUUUAUGUCUUUAGCAUAGUACAUGUACUAAUCCUAAUUACGUCACGAUUCCAGGGCGAAUUGAUAAACAGUUCGGUCGAUAGAUUCCUAUCGCAAGCUUUGUUCAGAUUUAUUUAAGGAUGAAAUUUUUCUUGCAUGCUUAUAGAAAGCCUAUGGGUACUGUCCACCUAUAAAUACACUAGACUUUAUUCCUUCUUUGGUCGACUUUUAUGCAUUCAAACGAUACUACUUGCUCGUAGUAAGUAGUUUGAGUUACAAUAGACUAUUUACAGGCCUCUAACUUGGCAUCUAGUUUCAUAACUUUGUGUUCUGAUACUUGAACUACAUCUUGUUUUCACAUUUUUGAACUCCUAUUUUUUUCUCGAUCCCUUUCUAUUUCUACUUUUCAUAACUUGAUUUGUCUCGGCAGUUUUGUCUAUUCUUAGGAACGACGCGUCAUUCCUUUACGUUAACAUUUCUGAUAUUCACAUUUGACAGAGUCGUAUCGUACAUUCUGUGGUACCCUGGUCGGUAGAGUAUUCACAAGCAUUAAUGACGUGGGCACUACGUUCCAUGUGGAAAACCAGUCCCUUUGUGUCUUUAGAUAAGCUUUACUGAUGAGUACCAAUUGGUAGGAAUACUAGGUCAGCAGGGCUCACUGCCAAGUUCAUCCAACCACUUAAUACACCUAAAUGUGCCACAAGUAUUCAGAGUUUGACAAAGUCCUGGCCAGUAACACCUUUAUAAUCGAAGUGUGUCAACUCAGUCAAGUCAGAGGUCAGGAAUGAAGGGGAUCGAUGAUAUAUUUGGGAGGCUAUCGGUAUGUCAUUUGAACGUCUGGUUUAAGCUGGCUAGCAGUUGAAAGAGAUGUGUAGCGAGGUGUACCCACUCGUGAUCUGAUGCGGAUGCGUAAUCGUGUGCCUUCAGCUAGGUGAGACCAGUAGAAUUAAUGAGGUCAGCACAAAAUGUCGAAGACUUACAGUUCUAUAUGUUUUGAGGAUUUAUUUACCGCUGCACUCCAUAAAAGCAACCAUGGGUAAAACACUUUGAAUGCUUUUCUUAAUGCCCAUAUUUAGAUAGACUAGUUUUGCUUCUAUUCAUAGUCUAGCAUAAUUAUUACUCAGUUACUUGAAAUAUGUACUUUCCACUUUCAUGUGCUUCUAACGAUUUAUCGAAAAGCAGAAUACAUCGAAAUUUAAGGCUUAUGAAUUUAUAGUCGUAUAUCUGUCUUCUGGAUAAUUCCUCCGAUUUUCGAAAUUGUGUUACACUUCACGUUUAUCUUGACCUUUGAAUCCUAAUGAUCAUUUUUAAGGGAACGAUUAUAAAUUAGUGAUUGGCUGAUAACUACAUAUAAUUCACCAAACUCAUGUUCCAUUUUCGAAAUUGAAGCAAAACUAAAUAAUGCAAAAUGAUCCGUCGCACUUCACUAAACUCAACAACGAACGAUGCCAAGACAAAGGAAAACAAAAAACAAAAAGUUAUUUAAUCGAUACACAGUUAACGACUGAUUAUCUGUGUUGUAACAGAAAACAACCCGAGUAUCUGGACUCCAUAAUUCCAUGCACACUAACAACCGACUUUUUGAACACCUUGUUCUGUGAGUUAGCACCAUCGAACAGAAUGAACUGAAAAUUUUCAACUAAUAGAUUGAAUGUUAAAUAUAGGAGAGAGGUGAAUGAACUUGAUCUCCUGUUGUGCAGUGGUAUGUGAAACACAGGGUUGUGGUGUUUAUUAAUCAACACAGUGGAUUCGACUCAAUCGAACUGAUAUUGAUGUGAAUCGAUAGCGUGUGAAGAACAGCCGAAGUGAUUGGCAUUAGCUAAUGUGUCUUAUUGAAUGAUUUGUAAUUCGGUUUGAGAAGUAACGACCUAAUUACAUAAAGAAUAGAACUGAGUGAAUCUGCAUCAUGA